AGCAUAGAAACUCAGGCCCAGAGGGCAGGGGCUUGAGCCACAAAGGAUUAUUCACAGGCCUUGAAACCUAAUGGAUUUGGUUCUGCUGGGCUUCAAAAUUGCUUGGGAUUGGUGAUUCCUUUCUUUCUUCUUUUUUCUCCCUUCUGGAAUGGGAAUGUCACCCACGCUCUUCCCCCAUUGUAUUUUGGAAAAAGAUAACUUGUUUUCUAGUUUCUCAGAUCCACAGAUGGAAAAGAACUUUGCCCCAUGAUGGUCCAUGCCCACAAUUUCACCCGUACCUUGUUUCGAUGAUGUGAUUUGGGACUUAUGAGCUGAUAAUAUACCGAUGAGAGUUAGAAUUUGAUUUCAUGCUGCAAUGGGUUGAGACUUUGAAAUGUUGGGAUGGGGUGGAUGUAUUUUACAUGUGGGAUGGGUGUGACUCUUUGGGGGCCAGAGGAUGGAGUGUAGUAGGCUGAACAAUGGAAUAAUGGCCAAAGAUAGAGAAUCCUAAUUUCUGGAACCUGUAAAUGUUACUUUAUCAGGAAAAAGGACAUUUGCAAAUAUAAUUAAGUUAAAAAUCUUGAGAUAGAGAGAUUUUCCUGUGUUAUUGGGUGAGCCCCAAAUGCCAUGUGUCCUUCUAAAGAGGAAGCAGAGAGAUUUAACACAGAAAGAAGAGAGAAGGUGAUGUGAUGACCUCAGGAGAAAGACAUCUUGAGAUGUUAUGGUCUGACCUCAAAGCGGGAUGAAGGAGCCACAAUCCAAGGAAUAUAGGUGGCCUCUUGCCACUGAAAAAGCCAAGGAAUGCUGGCAUGCACCAAACGCUGAAAAAAGCAAGGAAUGGAAUCUCUUCUAGAGCCUCUGGAAAUGAACAUGGCCCUGCCAACUCCCUGUUUGCAGCCCAGUGAUACUGAUUUCCGUCUGCCGGCCUCCAGAACUGACCAUGCAGAAGAGGGCAGGGCUAGCAUUUACAAAUCGGUCUUUACCAACUCUUCCAAGGAGAUGAUGUGUUUCCCAGACUUCCCAUAUCCUGAUGACUUUCCCAACUUUAUGCACAACAGCAAGAUCCAGGAAUAUAUAAUUGCAUUUGCCAAAGAAAAGAACCUCCUGAAAUACAUACAAUUUAAGACAUUUGUGUCCAGUAUAAAGAAGUGUCCUGAUUUCUCUAUUACCGGCCAAUGGGCUAUUACCACUGAAAAAGACGGCAAAAAAGAAUCAGCUAUCUUUGAUGCUGUGAUGGUUUGUUCUGGACAUCAUGUGUACCCCAACAUACCAGAAGAGUCCUUUCCAGGACUAAAACAUUUUAAAGGCAAAUGCCUCCACAGCAGGGACUAUAAGGAACCGGGGGUAUUCAAGGGAAAGCGAGUCCUGGUGAUCGGCCUGGGGAAUUCGGGCUGUGACAUUGCCACGGAACUCAGCCACACAGCUCAACAGGUCAUCAUCAGCUCCAGAAGUGGCUCCUGGGUGAUGAGCCGGGUCUGGGACGAUGGCUAUCCUUGGGACAUGAUGAUUGUCACUCGAUUCGAAACCUUGCUCAGGAACAACUUACCGACAGCCAUCUCGAACUGGUGGUACGUGAAGCAGAUGAAUGCAAGAUUCAAGCACGAGAACUAUGGCUUGAUGCCUUUAAACGGAACCCUGAGGAAAGAGCCUGUGUUUAAUGAUGACCUCCCAGUUCGCAUCCUGUGUGGCACCGUGUCCAUUAAGCCUAACGUGAAGGAGUUCACGGAGACCUCAGCCAUUUUUGAGGAUGGGACCAAGUUUGAGGCCAUUGACUGUGUCAUUUUUGCAACAGGCUAUGAUAGUGCCUACCCCUUCCUUGAUGAUUCCAUCAUCAAAAGCAGAAACAAUGAGGUCACCUUGUUUAAAGGCAUCUUCCCUCCUCUGCUAGAGAAGUCAACCAUGGCAGUAAUUGGCCUUGUCCAGUCCCUUGGGGCAGCCAUCCCCACAGCUGACCUCCAAGCCCGCUGGGCAGCACAAGUAAUAAAAGGAACUUGUACUUUGCCUUCUGAGAAAGAUAUGAUGAAUGAUAUUGAUGAGAAAAUGGGGAAAAAGCUCAAAUGGUUUGGCAACAGCGAGACCAUACAGACGGAUUAUAUUGCUUACAUGGAUGAACUCGCCUCCUUCAUUGGAGCAAAGCCCAACAUGCCGUGGCUGUUUCUCACAGAUCCCAAAUUGGCUGUGGAAGUUUUCUUCGGCCCUUGUAGCCCCUACCAAUUUAGGCUGGUGGGCCCAGGCAAGUGGCCCGGAGCCAGAAAUGCCAUCCUGACCCAGUGGGACCGGGCUCUGAAACCCAUGAAGACACGAGUUGUUGGGAGUCUUCAGAAGCCUUGCUUGUUUUUCCGCUGGCUGAAGCUCCUUGCUGUUCCUAUUCUGUUAAUUGCCAUUUUCCUUGUAUCGCUGUAAUCAUCACUCCCUCUAACCAUCGUUCCCUCUAAUCAUCAUUUCUGAAAGUUAUUGACAGUACCCAGGUGGAAACUUUGCUAUUUAAAAAUUAAGAUUUUCACACCACCUACACCUUUUAAAUAAGCCCAUUUAGGAAUCAUGUCAUGAUCUAAAAAGUGUAUUAAUCAUAUCUCCUUAGGCUCCACUAACACUUCAUAAUCAGAACUAUGUUCUUUAUGUCUAACUUAAAUUAUCUCCUGAAACAUUUUGACAUAAUUUCUUUUCUCCUUUAGAAAAUGUUUGAAAUAUGUAUUUCAAAUCUAAAUGAAGAGCAAAUUAAGCCAAAUAAUCAUAAUAUGAUAUUCCCAAGCUACCUCUACAAACCAUUUGCAGGGUAAAGGGGAGAGUUUGGCUACUGUAUUUCAUUUCUGUUUGUGCGGCAUGCUCCAGGCAAGACCUCCUCUUCCCUGGCCAAGAAACAUAGCACCCGGACCUGGUGUAUUUUGAAAGUUAACACAAAGGAACUCAAUUUAUUUAUACUGUCAAUCAGGAAACAAAUUUUCCAACAUUUAAAAGUAAAAAAAAAAAAUAACAACAAUAACAAUAUUAUACCAAACAUAACGUUUUAGCUGAAGGGAAGUCUUUUUAAAAAUUAAAUAUUCAGCCAAAACUGUGACCAAAGUCUAACGCUACACUUACAGGUUGAACUUCUGGGUACCAGAAUGAAUCUAAAAUUUUAUUCUAAAAAUGAACAUUAUUACCUUUUAUUAUUAAAAUUUGAUUAUUGUAAGUUUUAAAUUUUGACAUUAUAGAGAGAUAAAACUAUCUGUCAGCAUCAUCAGUCAUCAGAGGGCUUCACCAGUUGUUAGGCUACAUAUUUCUUAUUACACCUUCACUUCCAACUUAGGUCUGUGGAGCAAAUAUACAUAUUGAGAGAAGGAUGUCGCACUUUUAUGUAAUGCUUUCUUCUUUUCUAUUGUUAUUCUACUUAUAUUUUUAUCUUGGACGCUGAAAUUUAUCAUGGGUGUUGUACACAAUUUAAACUUUUUCUUUUCCUAAUUACGUACGGUAGCAAAGUAACAUUCUUCUUUUAAGGUCUUCUUACCAGCUGUGAAAUAUUCCCAGAUAUUGCCAAAUGAAAUAAAAAUUCUCUUAAAAACCUGUGGUAUAAAUGCAAUCAAGUAACUAAAAAUUAUAAUAAAUACAGCCCAUAAGGUUUGUUUCCUUUAAUGUUAUAAAUACUAGUAGACAAAUAAAAUUGAAGAGUAAA